AUGGCGUUCAACGGCGGUGCAGCGGGGGGUAGUGCGGCUGCGGUGGCCGCCGGUGCAGCAAACAGCGCCACCGACGAGAACGAGUCGACCGGUGCGAACAAGAAGAAGAACCUGAUCAUACUGGUCGACAAAGAUUCGAACGAUAAACUGAACGAGCUGUUCGACAAGACGCUCAGCAAUAAGCUCCCGCUACAGAUCCCGUACCGCAUGCGCAAGCUGCCAGAAUCGUUCUUUAUGCCACCGUCGUCCGGCUCCAAGUCGCCGUCCGUGUCGCACUCGCGCGAAAACUCCGCCGACUCGGCGUUUGGCUCCGGCACGACCAUACUGGGCGGCGUGACGGGCGUUGCGACCGGUCCGAACGGUUUGCCGAUACACCACAGCCGUGCACACAGCAGUCCCGCUUCGCUCGGGAAAAUCCCGGUCGGGUUGGGCGGGCUGGGUGGUGGGGUGGUGGCUGCGGCCGCAGCGGCUGCAGCUGCCGCUGCUGCGGCCGGUGGCAAUGGGGCUGGCGGUGGUGGUGGUGGUGGUGGAGGCGGCGGCGGCGGCGGUAACAGUGGCAAUACGGUGGGCGCCGGGGGUAGCAAGUCGGCAGCGGCGGCAGCACAGGCAGCGGCAGUAGCUGCAGCCCAGAACGAUGCCAGCAGUUUGGGAGCGGCCGUACUGCAGCAGGCGGCCCUGUCGAAGGCGGCCAUACAGCAUCUACACAGCCGGGGUCGAUCGUACGACGUGUCGAACCUGCACGCCAACUUUGGCGAACUGCCGCCCGGCUGGGAGCAGGCGAAAACACAGGACGGACGCAUCUACUACAUCAACCACAACACAAGAACAACCACGUGGGAGGACCCGCGCAUCACCGCCAUGCAGGAAAGCCUCUUCCAGCAGCAGUCCAGCGUAGAAACUCUGUUCAACACCGGCUCCCAGACGUUGCUCAGUCCCACGAUCUCCUCCCCGACACCGACCAACAAUGUGGUAUUUCCAGAUACAAUUCAAAUGACAAAUGACAAUCUCGCACCGUCGACCGCCGCCCCAGCGGCAGCGAUGCUCACUGGCAACAAUGUCGAUCUGGGCCCACUGCCGGAAGGAUGGGAGGAAGGCAUCACCGAGAAGGGCGAACGGUACUAUAUCAAUCACGCGACUCGGUCGACCACCUGGCGGGAUCCCCGAUUGUCAAACCAAGAUUGGGCAGUUCAAGAGCAAACGGUACGUCUGUACAACCUACAGCUUGAACGGGAACGGCUUCGGAAACGGCAGCAAGAAAUCAAAUCACAUAUGGGAGACGACCCGUUCCUGUCCGGUAUUGCCGAUCACACACGCCAGGAGUCCGGUGACAGUGGUUUGAGCGAAUCGUCCAUGACGCAGUCAAUGCCCCACACACCCGAAUUUCUCUCCAGUAUAGAUGACAGCAUGGAUGGGCUGAGCAUGACGGAUAACACAAUGGACACCAUAGCAUUUGGGGAUAAUCUCGAGACGCCCGAUGAGUUUAUGCUGGACGAUCCUUUGCUGUUGGAAAAAAUCGAUGCCGUCACCAACCUGAGCCUGAUGGAUCCGACGAGUAGUAAACCGGAAAACACGCUCUACGACAUCAUCUAAC